ACAAUCAUGGACGAAGAGCAGUGCUACUACAAUGAGACCAUUGCCUUCUUCUACAACCGCAGUGGCAAGUACCUUGCUACUGACUGGAACACGGUCAGUCGCUUAGUGAUGGGACUUGGCAUUACAGUCUGCAUCUUCAUCAUGCUCGCCAACCUCCUAGUGAUGAUUGCCAUCUAUGUCAACCGGAGAUUCCACUUCCCCAUCUACUACUUGAUGGCUAACUUGGCAGCUGCAGACUUUUUUGCUGGACUGGCGUACUUCUACUUGAUGUUCAACACUGGACCAAACACGAGGCGUCUGACUGUUUCAACAUGGCUACUCCGGCAAGGCUUGAUUGACACUAGCCUGACAGCCUCUGUGGCAAACCUCCUUGCCAUUGCAAUCGAACGCCACAUCACAGUGUUCCGCAUGCAGCUGCACACGCGCAUGAGCAACCGCCGGGUGGUGGUGGUGAUCGUCAUAAUCUGGACCAUGUCCAUAGUCAUGGGAGCCAUUCCAAGUGUGGGCUGGAAUUGUAUCUGUAGUAUCAAAUCGUGUUCCAACAUGGCACCACUUUAUAGUAACUCCUAUCUGGUCUUCUGGGCUGUCUUCAACCUGGUGACAUUUGUUGUCAUGGUGACGCUGUAUGCUCACAUCUUUGUCUAUGUUCGCCAAAGAACAAUGAGGAUGUCACGUCACAGCUCCGGACCACGGCGUAACAAAGACACAAUGAUGUCAUUACUGAAAACUGUUGCGAUUGUUUUGGGUGCAUUUAUCAUCUGUUGGACCCCGGGUCUUGUCAUCCUUCUUCUCGACGUCUUUUGCGCCAGCUGCAAUGUCCUCACCUAUGAGAAGUUCUUCCUACUUCUUGCCGAGUUCAACUCUGCCAUGAACCCCAUCAUCUACUCCUACCGAGAUAAGGAGAUGAGCGCAACCUUUAGGCAGAUUCUGUGCUGCCAGCGACAGGAGAACGUCAACGGGACGGCAGCGGAGGGGUCUGAUCGAUCAGCGUCGUCCAUCAACCACACAGUGCUCAGUGGCGGAAUGCAUCAUCACCACAACAACGAACACUCUGUGGUGUAA